CUCAAUAUCUUUAUCCCUCCUUCACCGAGACCGGCUGGCUAAGACUGCCCUCUAUCCCUUCUUCUUUCCUUGACAAACCAAAGUCCUCGAAAGCAUGACCACUUGUUUACAUCUCCGUCGAUUUUCAAGUUUCAAUCGGAACAAUCCAAUCCCACACAGAACAAUCCCUGAACCCAAAGGACAAGACCUUGAUUUUGUUAACGUUGUACAUAGUCACCUUAUUCACUCUGAUUGGGAUAAGCUCAACAAAUUAUCAGCCCAUUUUACUCCCUUUAGAGUUAACCAUAUUCUUCUAAAGAUCCAAAAAGAUCAUGUUCUUUCCCUUGAGUUCUUCAAUUCUCUCAAAACUCUAAAUCCCAUAUCCCUUACUCUCGAAACCCAUUCCAUUAUUCUCCACAUUCUUACCAAAAAGAGCAAGUUCAAGUCAGCACAAUCCAUUCUUAGAACCCUUCUUGCUUCCCGUUCCAUUGAUUUGCCUGGUAAGUUGUUUGAUACCCUUCUUUUUUCGUAUCGAAUGUGCGAUUCUUCGCCACGGGUUUUUGACUCGUUGUUUAAGACUUAUGCUCAUAUGAACAAGUUUAGGAAUGCUACUGAUGUUUUUUCUCGAAUGAAAGAUUAUGGUUUCUUGCCUACUGUUGAGUCUUGUAAUGCAUAUUUGAGUUCCUUGCUUGAUUUUCAUAGGGUGGACAUUACUUUGACGUUUUAUAGAGAAAUGCGUCGGUGUAGGAUAUCGCCGAAUUCAUACACUUUCAACUUGGUUUUGUCUGCCUUUUGCAAGUCUGGGAAACUUGAUAAGGCCGUUGAAGUGCUUAGGGAGAUGGAGAGUGUGGGAAUAACUCCUAAUGUCGUGUCUUACAAUACUCUGAUUGAAGGGCAUUGCAAUAAGGGUCUUUUGAGCAUAGCUACCAAGCUUAAGAACUUGAUGGGGAAGAAUGGUUUGGAGCCGAAUGUGGUUACUUUUAACUCUUUGAUUCAUGGGUUUUGCAAGGAAGGGAAACUGCAUGAAGCAAAUAGAUUUUUUAGUGAGAUGAAAGUUAUGAAUGUCACUCCUAAUACUGUGACUUACAAUACUUUGAUAAAUGGAUAUGGUCAAGUGGGUAAUAGUAAUAUGGCUUGUAAGGUUUAUGAUGAAAUGUUGAGAAAUGGAGUUAAGGCUGACAUAUUGACUUAUAAUGCUUUGAUUUUGGGGCUAUGCAAAGAGGGUAAGACUAAGAAAGCUGCAUUUCUUGUUAAAGAACUUGAUAAAGAGAAUUUAGUCCCCAAUGCUUCGACCUAUUCUGCUCUCAUUAGUGGACAAUGUGCAAGGAAGAAUUCUGACCGUGCUUUUCAGCUGUACAAAAGCAUGGUAAGGAGUGGUUGUCAUCCAAAUGAACAAACUUUCAAGAUGUUGACAUCUGCCUUUGUCAAGAAUGAGGAUUUUGAAGGAGCAUUCAAUGUCCUGAUGGAUAUGUUUGCGAGGUCAAUGGCCUCUGAUUCAAAUACCUUACUAGAAAUUUAUGAAGGGCUUUGCCAGUGUGGAAAAGAAAAUUUGGCAUUGAAGUUAUGCCGUGAGAUGGAAGCAAGACAUCUAAUUCCAGAAGGUUAGGCAAGUUUGACAUUUGGAAGUACCUCUCUUACUUAGUGAGCAAAAGACUAAAGGAGUUUCCUGUUAAACGUCUGUAAGGUACCUUCAUAUUCAUGUUCAUUUCUAACUACAAGUUGUGCAUGGUUUUACUCUUGGGCAUAGUUGAUGCAUUCAUAUGUUGAAGAAAUUUUCAUGCUCAUGCUUCUGUUUCUUUUAUUAUAUGCUAAACAUCUUCCAUUUUAUGGAACCAUCUUUCCUCUUUUGGAUUAUGCCAAAUCUUUUCUUCUUAGUUUUGGCUUCAUUGGUCCUCAACAUGACAAAUUCUUUUUUUUUUUUUUUGUUAAUAUAGGAGUUCUAUCUUUCUUCGCGAAAACUGUUUAGUGUGUGGUACCCAGUUCAUAACAUCUGCUGUUGUUUCUUUCCACGUCUUUCUAUCAUCCUUAAAAGUUAAAGUCGAUAUAGUCAAAUUGAACUAAUUGUUUUCAUUCUAGUGAAGGAAAGAAAAUCCCCAUCAUUUUCCAGUUAGGCAGGGUGAAAAUUUAUUCAAGAUAUAAUUGUAAAUAGAAAUUACAGUAGCUCCAUCCAAAGAUAGAUCACUUUAUGAGAUGUUGACUAGAGCCCCAAGAAACUUCUUAUUUUAGAAACAACCCUGAGCCUGAAUUGUAGCCAUAUUUUCUAAUGGUUGAAAUUAACUUUGACAGUGAUGGAUAGUAACUUAAAAGUCCUUACAACCAGAUUUGAUCCUAUUUACAAUUAAUCAGUGAGGUAAGGAAUGCAAGGGGUGGAAAUGAAGCAGAAUUUAGUGCAGCUCCAAAUAACAGUCUAAGGAUCCAGGUCGCAUCAAACUGUUCUACUCUUUACCCAUUUGCCAGUUUCCAGCCGAACUGAUAUAGAGCUGACCAAGUGGAAGUUCAAUAUUUCGAAUGGAAAAUAUUCCUGGACAUAUCUUUUUUCCUGCUUCAAUAGAAGAUAUUUAACGUUGUUCCCUUCUAACUGAUGGAGCAACUGAGGAGCCUCUGGUUGAAAGGAAUUUGCAUCAAUGCCUUGUUGUGGAUCUCUACUUAUUGCCCACACAUUAUAAUCGAUCUGUUUCUCCAUGGUAUCAUAUCCCCAUUGGUUUUCUGUUACCUUUCAUGGAAGUAAGGGGACUGGAGGGUGUAACCUGAAGAGGUUUUUUGACAACUGAUCUCUGAUAAUUUGGUUUCCAAGUGUUCGACUCUUCUAGUUUUCUCCUUCAAAGACUUGUCACGCCUCAGUCUGUGCCCUAUCCAAUCCUCCAGGGCCACUCAGCAACUCUGACAUAGCCCAUUCUAUGGUUGUUACUGUGGUAUCACUCCCUGCAGCAAACAUACCCUGGAAUGGGCUGAACUGAAUUUUAGUUCCAUGGACUAAAUUGCAAACAUGCUCAGAAUCUUUUUGCAUGUGUAUUUUUAUGGAGUCAGCAACACAUUGAGUGUUAUCACUGUGAUUUAAGGUCCAAUCUUUCCUUGAGCUUCAUUUUAUAUAUUUAAGGUUGGAUCUAUAUCAGAAGAUGCUGUAAUCUGAAUUUUUCAGAAGUCACUGUACUCUUUGGCCUGCCAACCAUGUAUCUUUUGGUGCCUUGUAUUCCCUCCUCUAAAUGCUCUGUAUUUCUUACAAUUUAGGUGCUUGAAUUUAUUACAGAUUAUUGAGAAUUUGUGAUGUACAGUACACAUUGUUUCUAAAGAGUUAAGUUUUCAAUGCACUGUGUUUUAUAGUGUUUAUUCA